ACUUGUCUAUCCUCAACUCCCCGUUACCACCUCUCGUCCUCCUCUUCCUCAGCAGAAAGAAAAAAUCCCAAAAAAGAGCAGAAAGAAAAGAUGGAGGCCUUCCUCGCCGGCUUCCGGGCGCCGCGUCGAGCUCCCGCCGUCCCCGCCACUCGGAGCCCUCCACCGAGCCCCUUCUUCCUCGGCACGCGCCGCAGGAAGCCCUCCUCCUCCGCCUCCGUGGUCUGCAUGGCGGAGCCCCAUCUCAUCUCGAAGCUGGAGUCUACAGAGAAGGCAUGGAAAGAAAUGUCGGUUAGAUUGGGUGACCCUGACAUUGUCUCAGAUCCGAGCGAAUACCAAAAACUUGCACAGUCUGUUGCCGAUCUAGGGGAGGUUGUGACGGCAUAUAGGCAAUUUAAGGAAUGUGAGAGGCAGAUUGAAGAAACAAAAGCUUUGCAAAAAGAGAACGGAGAUGACCCUGAUAUGGCAGAGAUGAUAGCUUCAGAACUGGAGUCUCUCUCUAACGAGCUUGCAGAACUCGAGGAAAGACUCACGGUACUUCUGCUUCCCAGCGACCCUCUAAAUUCACGCAACAUCUUACUUGAAGUAAGAGCAGGUACUGGCGGCGAUGAAGCUGGAAUUUGGGCUGGUGACCUUGUACGCCUGUAUCAAAAAUAUUGUGAGCUCAACAAUUGGAAGUUUAAACCAGUUUCGUGCUCAGAGGCAGAAAAGGGUGGAUACAAGACAUAUGUGAUGGAGGUGAAGGGCAAACAAGUGUACAGUAAACUGAAGUUUGAAUCAGGUGUGCACCGUGUUCAGCGUGUACCGCAGACAGAGACUAUGGGCCGUGUUCACACGUCAACAGCUACUGUAGCUAUUAUGCCAGAGGCUGACGAAGUCGAUGUGGUUAUUGAUCCAAAAGAUAUUGAACUUAAAGCUGCAAGAUCUGGUGGAGCUGGAGGACAGAAUGUUAACAAGGUGGAAACGGCUAUUGAUCUUAUUCAUAAGCCUACAGGAAUAAGGAUAUUUUGUACAGAAGAAAGGUCACAACUUCAAAAUAAAGCACGCGCGUUCCAAUUAUUGAGAGCAAAACUAUAUGAGAUAAAGUUAAGGGAGCAACAAGAGUCCUUAAGAACCCAGAGGUUACUGCAGGUUGGCACUGGGGCACGGUCUGAGAAGAUACGGACGUACAAUUACAAGGACAACAGAGUGACUGACCAUCGGUUGAAGAUGAAUUUCGUAUUGUCUAGCUUCCUUUUAGGAGACAUCGAGGCAGCUGUUCAGUCUUGCGCUGCGUUGGAGCAAAAGGAACUCUUGGAGGAACUGGCCACUUCUUCUGCGGUGAAGGCAUGAUCAGUUCAGCCAUCCCUUUUGCUUCUGGCCAUAUUGUAAAAAGGAAACAUCCAAUGGCAAUAUUACAGUCGAUGGCGAUUGAUGACCAAGUUGUACAUGAAGAAGCUCUGCGAUUCAAAUUCUGUUGUUCAUGGUCAUUUUGCAUAUAUACACUAAUGUCUGUAAACAGAUCGGUGCACUUGAGUUGCCCUGAUGGCAUCAUUUUUGAGUAGCUGAAAAUAGACAUUUCUACAGCAAAGCGUUGACACUGGUAA